AUGCUAGAUCCUUGCCUGUCAGACACGGCUUGGGAGAGUCAAGUGCUCUCGCGCUUCGCCGUGAUGCAGAAGCUGAAGGCGGAGGCGAACGUGAGCUCCCAGCACGGGGCAUGCUGCCCGCUUCCCAUGGAGCAACUGCUAACUAAGGGAAAGCUGGUGGAGGUAGCAAAAGAGGAGGAGCUGCCACGCAACCCGCUGAUGAUGUACCAGGCGGCGACUAGGAGCUGCAACAACCAGACGCAGCAGCAACAGCAGUUUGUGGCGGUCUUCCGCCGCUGCGGCGAGGCGGGCUACUGCUGCGAGGCGCGGGAUCUGCAGUGGCGACUGCAUCCCUUGAACGAGGACCUGGCGGAGGACAGCCUGGUGCAGCUGGUGAAGAUGACGGAGAACUUGCAGGUGGAGGCGGAGUGGAUCUACCGGCGCCUGCUGCGAAAGAUGGAGGAGUGGAAAUGGGUGCCUCGGGAGCAGAAGACGAUGUUCUACAAGAUGUACAUCAUCUACUACCACCAGGUCCGAAUGGCCAUGGAUCGCCAGAAGUACUGCCUCUUCUCCCCGGAAGACCUUGACGCCUGUGAGGACCCCAUCUCGCUCUACGUCUCUGUGAAGAAGGUGCGCAACGAGAUCCACCAGACGUAUCGGGCGCUGCGUGAGCUGGGCAGCUGCCUGCAGACGGGCACCAAGACCUUGGGCGCGGUGAAAGGCAAGUGGCCCGGCAAGGCGAUAGGCGUGCUGGGCCUGCUCCUGCGCCGCGCUGUGCACGUGCUGGGCACAGGGCAGAUCCAGGUGCGUGUGCACCAGCUGGCCGGCUCCCUGCUGCGGACAGCUUGGCAGAACCGCUUCGAGAUCAUCUUGGCGAGCCUGGUGGUGGGUGCGGGCCAGCCGCUCAUGAUGGCGCUCACGGCCACGGGUGUCUCCACUGGGGCGGCCACCAGCUGGACGCUGAUCCUGGAGCAGUUUAUGCGGAACUUCUUCGUGCACGUGGGUUGCCCCAUCCUGUCGUCGCCCAUGCUGAUGGCGAUGCUCGUGCGCUGGUCGAUGAAUAAGAUCCUUCUGACCGACUUCUUCAUAGACAACGUCGUGGGGCCGCUGUGGGAGAUGGCCAAGAAAACUCUGGGGCCGCUGGCCGUCUUGCCCCAGACGCUGGGUGUGUCCCUCGACGUGGUGAAGGCCGUUCUGCGGGCGGUCAAGGGUGCUCUCGGCGGCAACAGCACGCAGGACACCAGGGAGAGCUGGCUGGAAGCGGCGCGGGCCUUCCAUGCCACUGCAGCGGCGGACCUGCUGUACGGCUUCUUCUCGGUGACCUUCGGCGUCAUGUGGCGCGCCGUGGCGACCGCGGCCUGCACCGCGGCGCGCCUGGCGCUGCCGGUGAUCAACGGCGCGGAGGCGGGCAUAGACGCGGGCCUGCAGAGCUUUGCAAAGACCUGGGAAGGUUUGGCCCGCAGGGCCUCUCAAGGUCUGAAGAGAGGCCUGCAGGACGAGACGGCGAAGCGCGUGGCCCAGAUGGCCGCGGAGGACCGUCAGGUGGCCGAAGCCAGCAGGGGCAUCCCGAGCAAGACGCUGGCGCUGGUGCACAAGAUGCUGGGCAAGGGCUCAGUGGCGCUGGCGUCAGGCGCUGAUAAGUCUCUGAGUGUCUUUGAGAAGCUGCUGGACAUGAUUGGGCAAAGCACCAUCUUCGUGUAUGGCAUCUCCAGCGCCCUUUCCUUCUUGGUGCUGCGGGUCUGGCAGCCGUCGCAGGAGGUGGUGACGGAUGAGCUGCUGUUGGCCUCUCUGGGUGAGCGCCUAGAGGACUUCAAUGCCUACAGCUGCCAGGGCCGCCAGGCUGGGCUUCGAGAUCUCGCUCUUUUUUUUGGUUCUCAGGAGGGCCGGGACUGCGCACUGCUGCGCUUUGGCGGCCUCAGCCGGGCGCCUAGAAAUUUUUAG